GGUAGAACAGCAUCUCAUUGAGACCGCGGUUCGCGCGCGCGUCGGUCGCCCGCCAUGUUAAACCUCUGAAACUGUGCUAGUGGUAACGCGAAAAUGUCCAAUUACCACCUUUUCCUGGCCGCAUUUUUGACCCUCAACCUGGUUCUGGUAUCCUCCCUCCCGAGUCCGACGACAGAAGAGGACGAGGACGAGGACGAGACGACGCCGAGUCGCGCGGACGCGGACGACGACGGACGAGUGUACAAGAACCCGCGCAACUCGCCCUCCGCCCAGUGUCCGCGCGACGAAGAGCAGGCUACAUUGCUGGGUCAAAAAUGCUUGCGGAAGUGUUCUUCGGACGAGGACUGCAAGAGUAAAAAGAAGAAGUGCCUCUGUGACGGUGCCUGUGGCAUGUCCUGUAUCAAACCAGACCGAGAAUGUCCCGAGUUAGAGCAACCGACAGACAUUGGGACAGUUACUCUCACGGGACGGUUGUUUGGAGACAAAGCCAUGUACUCCUGUCCCCACGGCUACCACGUGGUCGGUCUUCACAGCCGGAGCUGCCAAGCGGAUGGCAAAUGGGCGGGACAGGCGCCAUCUUGCAAAGAGAACAUAUACUGCCUACAACCGCCAACCAUCGAGCAUGCUCGUCACUCUGCCCUGCCUGAACAAGCCACCUUCGACCUGGACGCCACCGUCCAGUACAACUGUCAUACAGGCUACGCGACCAACGGCUUCCCUCGAGCUAAGUGUCUGGCUAUAGAGGGACAGGCGUCGUGGUAUGGACCGGAUAUCACAUGUGAACCACGUUCCUGUGGCGAACCAGGGGAUGUUCCACACGGAUGGGUAACCGCCGACUGCCACACCUUCGGAUGCCGAGCCACGGUUCAAUGUGGCCAGGGCUUCGAGCUGGUCGGCAAGGCGGAACGCUACUGCCAAGCUGAUGGCUUCUGGGCACCUAAGGAACUACCGACUUGUGUCCUGGUGACGCAGGUGCAGUGUCCGCCGCCGGAGGCGCCGAGGCACGGGAAAGCGGUGUACACCUCUUGCGCCUACAACUCGGUGGUUUCCUAUGAGUGCAAGUACGGGUACCGCCUGGUGGGAGAUGCCACGAGACGAUGCGGUGCUGAUAAAAAGUGGUCUGGGACUCAGCCUGUGUGUAAAGAAAUCAACUGCGGCCACCCCGGACAGCUCUGGAACGGUUGGCUGGAGAAUAUAUCGUCUGGUACAGGGUUAGGAGCGUCGAUAAUAUUCCGGUGUCAAGACGGCAUGAAGAUGGAAGGCAAUGGAUCCGCGAUAUGCCAAAGCGAUGGCAGUUGGAGUCAUCCACUGCCGCAAUGCUUAGCCCCAUGCGUGGUUCCCCAUGUAUCUCAAGGAAAGGUUGUACUAAUGGAGAACAGGACGGGAGAAAACGACACACAAGAGCAUACGCAAAUUGUCGGGAGCUCAUCUAUGGUGCAGCAUGGAGAAAUGAUUAUGGUAGACUGUGAAAAGAAUUACGAAUUCCCGUCCAAUCAAGUAGCUGUCAGUUGCAAUAAUGGAACUUGGACACAAAUUCCAAGAUGUCAACCAGCCAGAUGCAAAAAGAUGCCAAAGUAUCCUCGCUUCGGGAUGGUUAUCGCGCCCAAAACGGAACAUGGGAUGAAAGCGCGGUUCAGGUGUAGAGACGGAUAUGAGCUGAAAGGCAAUCCAAUCGUUGUGUGCUCUUUUGGUGUAUGGAGUGGGGAAGCACCUAAGUGUGAAGAAGUAUUCUGUCCUUUUCCGGGCUACAUCGAAAAUGGAAAAGUACUUCUUGUCGGUAAUAUGGGAUUGUACGAUUACCGUCCAUAUGUUAAGAAGGUAGUUAAUAAUAAACAGAUUAUGUAUGAAUGUGAUAAAGGAUACGUGUUAUCUGAGGGUCCUCCCGGAGCGACGUGCAUUGGUGGGCAUUGGAGUCCGAGAGAACUACCCAAAUGCACACUUUACCAACAUCCACGCAUAAGAUGGAGUCGAAGACGCAGAUCAGUACCAGAACCAGAGAUUCGUCAUAAGAGAUCCGCAUUUCUGAGACAAUACUACAGCAAGCUGCGAAGACAAUCUGACUUCAGUCAGGAACAAAUAGACGAAUUAUAUGACAAAUACAAUCAUGAUAACCAGAAACCAACGUUAAGGCAUGCUAAUUUUAAACUAAUGAAAAAGUUUGAUUCAGGUUUUGAAAUAGAAGAUGGUGAUUUAAUAGGAUCAGAGAUACCCAGUGGGGAAAAUUUUCCAACUGCUGUGUACACUGUUUACAAUGUGCACGGAGAACCUAUAGGUCAUAAAUUUUAUUCCUACCAACCGGUUUACGAACCAGAGGACGAUGAAUUGGUUCAUAGAGUUGAUUCGUCAGAGUACGAAGAUUCAGGAGAAUUUGAAAAUGAUUCACCUAUAACUAUACUAAAAGGUGGAACUUUCCCUGAUCACGAAGUUGAGAAUGACAAUGAAAUAUCUGAAAAUAUUAAUAAACUGAAACAUCAGUACUUUGAAAGAUAUGUUGAUAAAAGAAGAAAAAGAUUUUUAAAUUCCAAAAGUGGUGAAGUAACGAGCAAAAAUGUUGAUAUUGAACUUAAGGCUACUGAUAGUAAUAUAAAGAUUACUACACAGGUAGCUAAGGCCAAACCUAGACAUAAACGUAAUAUAAAUUUCGAAGAAUUUGAUACACAAAUAUCAACUACAAAUUCUAUACCACAAGAAGCAAAAAUGACAGUUGAUGUUAACAGCGAAAUGCUCAAAGUAAUACCUUUGUCAACCAGAUCACAGAAUGCAACAGCGCGUGAAAUUUUUGAAAAAGAAAUGGCAGUGAUUCCCUUACAAUAUAAUAACACUAAUUCUACAGAAAUAGGUAAUCGAACAGAUAAACGCGAAAAGAGGACGAGUAGAAAGACCGAUAGAUUAAAUCAAACCACGGCAACAGUACCUAAAACAGGCCGUGAAGGCAAAGGAGGUCGAAAUCGACAAUCACAAACAAACACUGACGAAGAAGCGAGUCAAAGUGCUGAAACUAAAGAUGGUUUAGAAGGUGGCAGCAAAAAUGGGACAGAAAGAGGCAAGAAAGGGAGACCGAAGAGCCCAUGUGAACCCAUAACUAGUGAACCUUAUGUUAAUAUUGAGGUUGUUAAAUAUGGACGUGAUCCUAAUAAUACUUUUAGUUCUGGAACUAUUGUCAGAGUGGCUUGUGGAAAAGGCUACGGUCUAAACUUGGAACCAAACGCAACAGCCAAAUGCGUACGAGGUAGAUGGAAGCCAGAGAAACCAAAUUGCGAAAUUCUACCCUGCCACGUGCCUUCAACUGAAUAUGGAAUAUACACUAUGUCACCUAAUGCAAGCCCAACUGGAAUGAUAUCAGGACUUACUCAAGGAGAUGAGAGAGAACUCAACGAAACUGACCCGGUUCCCAACGGUCAGGUGGUCCACUUCUCCUGCGAAUACGGAUACAACGUACAAGGACCUACAAAUCUGCGAUGCUGGCUCGGCGAGUGGGCGGUGACGAGUAUGCCAGAAUGUGUAGCAGCGCCCUGUGAGCUCCCAAUCCUGCAUGGUGCAACAUACGAGGCGGGCUACCGCGCCGGUCUGACGGUCGCUCAUGCAUCAUCAGUAAACAUUGCCUGCGAGACAGGAAGGUCACCGCCUGCCACACUCAAUUGUCAUUUGGGACGACUGCAACCCACAGUUCUCGAUUUCUGUAGACCAUUAGCAAAUAUGACUCGACCUCGACCAACAUCCGAAUACCAAAGCGGUUCAGAUAUAGUAAGAGAAGACAUCUCCGAACUGGAACCAGAUUUCCAAGGAAAAGGAGUGGUUGAGUGUGGACCUCCUGCUAGACUGAAGGGAACCCAGGCGUUCAGGGAUGCCAAGCCCUGGGUGCAGGGAACUCUUAUUUAUCGUGAUGGAUCUGAGGUGAACGAGACAGUAGAAGUGGCUGGAUACACUCAUGGAACAGAAGUGACGUUUAGAUGUAUUGCGUCCAUCAUGGGGGAGAGGACAACAUGGAAGCUUAUCUGUGAACAUGGCAACUGGGUUGGGAAAAGCUUCAGUUGCGAAGAUUUGGAAGCACAAAGUGAGGAACUGCUCAGCAACAACAGCUGCACAUUCAGAAAUGAGGAACCCCAUGUGGUCUCCUUCUUCAAUGACCUUGAGAUCACAGAGACCGUCGACUUCCCUCCUGGUUCAGUCAUAGUUUCCAGGUGCAGUGACAUUGGUAAAUAUGCCAUAACCGGCUCCCAAGUUCGAAGAUGUGUCGGUGGUUCCUGGGAUGGGGUUAAGCCCACUUGUUUUGGGCUUAACCAGGAGAACGAUUAUGCGAUGGAGAAACCCCCAACAAUCUUGUUCCGGUAUUCCGAAGGUCCAAUCGCGCAAACCAACGAUGGCAAACUGCUCGUGUACCCUGGCACCAUACUGCAUAUGGAGUGUCUUUGGAUGAGGAGGUUCGGCAACCCGAAGUGGAAUGUCACACUUCACGAUCCAGAAUUAGACAAAAAAUACAUAGAAGGCUGGACGACGGACCCCGGACGAGACAGUCAACUGGAAUACCGGCUGAGCAUCAUCAACGCCGUCAAAGAAGACUCUGGAAUAUACCGCUGUGAAACACCAGCCCGGCAGAGUCACCAAGUGGAGAUCAUUGUUGAAGAUGUGCACUGUCCUCCACUGCCAAUUCGCCGAGGACUUGUGGCAAGCACUCUUGGCACUCAGCUCGGCACGGAGAUCAAGUUCUCAUGCGCCAACGGCAACGCCCUCCUCGGUCCUCCUACCCUCGUGUGCAGGGCGUCCGGCAACUGGAGUGCUCCAUUGCCUGUUUGUGAGAGUGUAGAAUGUGGAGAAGUUGUCCACGAUACAGACCUGAGAGAAGGAGAGCGUCGUCCACGCGUGGCCGUUGUAUCACGGGGAGUUGGUGGCCGAGCAGCAUUCUCCUGUCCACCAGGUUGGGCACUAGACGGACCCACUGAGACUGUCUGCUUGCCAGCCGCUGACUGGGCAAGGCCUUUCCCUAUCUGUAGAGAAGUAUCAUGUCCAGCACUGCCUCCACCAGCGUCCGGCUAUGUGCUGGGCCGUCCUCCGUACAGAGCUGGUGAUGUGCUGCAGUUCCACUGCAACCCUGAGCACACGCUGCACGGCCGACCCAUACUGGUCUGCCAGGACAGCGGCCGGUGGAGCGACAAGCCUCCUACUUGUGCUCAAGCAUGCACAUAUCCCGGUACAACAAUAUCCGGGCGGAUGUCAUCCGUGAAGUUCUACUACAAGAUUGGGGAGACUGUGUCCUUCACGUGUGAACCGGGAUACCGGUUGAAAGGAGCUCCAACGCUUCGGUGUCUGAAGAACAGAAAAUGGUCAAACGCCAUUCCGCUCUGCGCACCUGUUAGCAACUAUACUUCACCUGACUCCCUCGCCAUGCUGAACGGCGACAUCGACGCCAUGUUGUCAGACGCCGCCAUUUUCCCCACAGACUUCUUAAAAAAGCGCGAUACGCCCGCCAUCUUGUCCCCAGAGAGCUAUAAAGCCGCCGUCACACGCGUAGCCGCAUCCAAAAUGUUCUGGAGAUCGCCCAUAGAGACUUACAAAAAUAGAAUUUAUAGAGUUAACAGACUGUUACGACGUGAUACGGAGAGAUAAUUUUAAGCGAGAGGCCUAGUGUGCAAAGAAAUCUGAUAUGAAACUGAUUUUGUGCCAAAAAUAUAAGUACGAUACAUCGAAAAUCUUGUACCUAGACGACAGAAAGCACAUGAGUAGUUCAGGUUCAGUUCGUUAUUUGUAUAUAAUUAGUUGUAAAGGCCCUUACGAAUAAUAACAUAAUAGUGCACGUACAUUUUGAGAACUCACUCGCCAUAUUUGCUCUGGGUGUCAACUAUCAUGUAAAAAAUAGGUACGAUUUUGAACCGAUGAACUGCAACUCGGUAGAAUGACGGCUAAAUUUGUGAACCGAAACUAGCCAAAACCGAAACCGAACUUUCGGUCUUGAUGAAAACUUUUCAUCGAGUUUAAACGCCUUUAAUUAACCUCGAUGAAAGUUUAAAGUUCACACAAAACACCUUGUACCUAAUCGCAGUUGUUUUCAAAAUUAAAGAAGAAUGUAAAGUGUUUAUUUUCAAGCCUACUAUUGAUUUUAUUAAUAUUAUGUCAAAAAUCUAUGCCCAUCACAAGAAAGAACAUGGCGCAACAGACCAACCAAACACUGACCAUUAAUUUUAUGCCAUUGCAAUCUCGGUUUACGUAAUGUAUAUGUAAAACUAAAAAAAAUUAUAUAAUUUCAACGUUAAAAAGUGAAAAGCCUAACGUACCUACCUAUUCUUUCCAACGAGUAUUUUUAUUUAUGAACUUUCUAAAUCUAGGUAUUUUUAAUAAGGUAAACGACGAACUGUGGUUCUUCAGUAUUAAAUUUAAUAAUGUUU